CUGGCCUGCGGGCACUUCCUCUGGCGUGGGUUUUCUGCCAGGCUGGGGCCCCGGGGGAGCCGCCCCCAGCCUGGGUGCCGGGCUGAUUGAGACGCAACGCGCACCCCACAUCUUCUCAUUGUCAUUGUGCUGCGGCCCCAGAGCAGCCACCUUCGGCCCUACAAAGAGAAGUGCCCGGAUGCAGCCGAGCCCAUCUGGAUCUCAGAUGUGUAAUGAAAGCCCGCUUCCAAAGAGGGGCUCCCGCAGGGGGAGUAGGGACGGCGGGGCUCCGCGGGCCUUCCACGGCGGCAUGCACGCUAAUGAGAGGCUGCGCUCGCUUUCCCGCCUGGGCAACAGCCUUCCCCGCCCCCAGGUCUCGGACCCCGGCCUCACCAGGGUGUGGGCUGCAGGAGGGAGGCCAGGGACACGAGACAUGACUCCCCCCAGGGUCCCUGAUGAUCCUGCUUCCCCCCCGCUGGGAAAGGCAGCGUCUCUCUGGAAGCCCGGGCCUCCGCGGCCCAGUUGGAGCCUUUGAAUGACAUUUAACAAGAGGAGCAGGUGCUGGGGGCACAGCGCCAGCUCUGGGUUGGGCAGGCAGCCCCGCAGGGCCAGGAGCGCUCAAAACUUCAUUUUUCUCUUCCCGGUCCCGCCAGCCCCAGCCAAGGAAGGCAGGAGCUGGUGAAGAAGCGGACGGACAGACAGACAGACGGGGCGAAGCGGGAGGAGCCGGCCUCCCUCCCCUGUGCCAGCCUUCCCUGCACCGGGAGCAGCCAAGCAGGACGGAGCCCCCCCCCCCAACGGCGGCAGCUCCCCGAGGCAGGACAUGCGGACUGUGAGAGCUCAGCGGCGCGUGUCAGCUGCGCCAGCCCCGCCGUGAACGUCUGAACUCCGCGGCGGGGGGUAAUGGGCCCCCGCCUUCCCCCCGGGACACAGGCUGAGUGGCAGGAAUACCGAUUCUGUGGAGCCGGGGCCCCUCCCUGCGCUGUCACGCAAGAGCGCGCUCCACACCGAGCCCAUUCUGCCAAGUGACUUAAAGGGAUUAAAAAGAAAGAAAGAAAGAAAAAGAACAAAACCCCUUGGUAAAGAAAAAAAGGUGGGGGCAAGCGGCACACAGAGGCCCUGCCGCCCACAGGUGAACCAGGGCCGUGGACGUAGCAAGCAGCAAGAGGCCACCCUCCUGGGGAUGGGUGCCAGGCCGUAGGGCAUGCCUGGGGUGCAGAGGGUCGCAACAGCCUCAGGCCACGGAGGGCGCCCCUGGGCGCCCAGCCCCCACGCCCCUCGCUCCCCAGGGAGAAGCCGGCAGCCCCCGCGGCCCAGGGCACCGAGGAUGCUACUUGGAUCCCACAGCCUCGCUUGAACCCAGGAGCCCACGCCCCAAGGUGUUGCCCGUGCUGCCCCGUGCCCCAGGCCUGCGGUCUGCGGCCAGUGGCGGGCGGCCCCCCGGGCCCGGGGGCCACGAAUGUGACUCAGGCAAGGCCUGGGCCCACCGCAUCCACAGAGGCCGGCGGAGCAGGAACCCCGGGGCUGCGGCAGCAGAGGUGCUGAGGGUCUCCGGGUCAGGGGGAGUCAGGCUCCCCCAGCCGUGCACCAUGGUGGUGGCACAGCCCGCCGCCGCCGCCGCCGCCACGCCCACUGCCACCGUCACAGCCACCGUCGUGAUGACCACGGCCGCCAUGGACCUGCGCGACUGGCUGUUCCUGUGCUACGGGCUCAUCGCCUUCCUGACGGAGGCCAUUGACAGCACCACCUGCCCCUCCGUGUGCCGCUGCAACAACGGCUUCAUCUACUGCAACGACCGCGGGCUCACCUCCAUCCCCGCCGACAUCCCCGACGACGCCACCACCCUCUACCUGCAGAACAACCGCAUCAACAACGCCGGCAUCCCCCAGGACCUCAAGACCAAGGUCAGCGUGCAGGUCAUCUACCUGUACGAGAACGACCUGGACGAGUUCCCCGUCAACCUGCCGCGGUCCCUGCGGGAGCUGCACCUGCAGGACAACAACGUGCGCACCAUCGCCCGCGACUCGCUGGCCCGCCUCCCGCUGCUGGAGAAGCUGCACCUGGACGACAACUCCGUGUCCACCGUCAGCAUCGAGGAGGACGCCUUCGCCGACAGCAAGCAGCUCAAGCUGCUCUUCCUGAGCCGGAACCACCUGAGCAGCAUCCCGCCGGGGCUGCCGCACACGCUGGAGGAGCUGCGGCUGGACGACAACCGCAUCUCCACCAUCCCGCUGCACGCCUUCAAGGGCCUCAACAGCCUGCGGCGCCUGGUGCUGGACGGCAACCUGCUGGCCAACCAGCGCAUCGCCGACGACACCUUCAGCCGGCUGCAGAACCUCACCGAGCUCUCGCUGGUGCGCAACUCGCUGGCCGCGCCGCCCCUCAACCUGCCCAGCGCCCACCUGCAGAAGCUCUACCUACAGGACAACGCCAUCAGCCACAUCCCCUACAACACGCUGGCCAAGAUGCGCGAGCUGGAGCGCCUGGACCUGUCCAACAACAACCUCACCACGCUGCCCCGCGGCCUCUUCGACGACCUGGGGAACCUGGCCCAGCUGCUGCUCAGGAACAACCCCUGGUUCUGCGGCUGCAACCUCAUGUGGCUGCGGGACUGGGUGAAGGCCCGGGCGGCCGUGGUCAACGUGCGGGGCCUCAUGUGCCAGGGCCCCGAGAAGGUCCGGGGCAUGGCCAUCAAGGACAUCACCAGCGAGAUGGACGAGUGCCUGGAGGCGGGGUCGCAGGGCGGCGGCACGGCGCACGUGGCCGCCAAGACCACCGCCAGCCACCAGGCCGCCUCCACCACGCCCCAGGGCUCCCUGUUCACCCUCAAGGCCAAGAGGCCGGGACUGCGCCUCCCCGACUCCAACAUCGACUACCCCAUGGCCACGGGCGACGGCGCCAAGACCCUGGUGAUCCACGUGAAGCCCCUCACGGCCGACUCCAUCCGCAUCACGUGGAAGGCCACGCUGCCGGCCGCCUCCUUCCGGCUCAGCUGGCUGCGCCUGGGUCACAGCCCGGCCGUGGGCUCCAUCACCGAGACCCUGGUGCAGGGGGACAAGACGGAGUACCUGCUGACGGCCCUGGAGCCCAAGUCCACCUAUAUCAUCUGCAUGGUCACCAUGGAGACGGGCAACACCUACGUGGCGGAUGAGACGCCCGUGUGCGCCAAGGCGGAGACCGCCGACAGCUACGGCCCCACCACCACGCUCAACCAGGAGCAGAACGCGGGGCCCAUGGCGGGCCUGCCCCUGGCCGGCAUCAUCGGGGGCGCCGUGGCCCUGGUCUUCCUCUUCCUGGUUCUGGGGGCCAUCUGCUGGUACGUGCACCGGGCUGGCGAGCUGCUGAGCCGGGAGAGGGCCUACAACCGGGGCAGCAGGAAGAAAGACGACUACGUGGAGUCGGGGACCAAGAAGGACAACUCCAUCCUGGAGAUCCGCGGGCCGGGGCUGCAGAUGCUGCCCAUCAACCCGUACCGCGCCAAAGAGGAGUACGUGGUCCACACCAUCUUCCCCUCCAACGGCAGCAGCCUGUGCAAGGGCACGCACACCAUCGGCUACGGCACCACGCGGGGCUACCGGGACGGCGGCAUCCCCGACGUAGACUACUCCUACACAUGAUGCAGGCCCCGGCCCGGCCACGCCUGCCGCGAUCCCAGAGAACGAGAGAGAGAGAGAGAGAGAGAGAGAGGGCGGCCGCAGGUCACCGCCCCAGCAGAGAGAAGGCCGCGGCUGGGGAGGGGUGGCGAUUUCGUAGAACGUGAUGGUGGGGGGAGGGAACUUUUUUUUUUUAGAAGAAUAGAAGGCAGGAGGGGGUUCACAGCUGUGGACAUAGAAUGGUGCCAGUGGGGGAGGGGAGUGCUAAAAACAGUACAGUCGGAAGGACCGGGUUGGGGCUUUUUCCGGAACUGGAUGAUGACAUCCACGUGCACCCUGGGCCGUCACCCCGGAGCCGGCGGGGAGACGCGGCUGCCCGCAGGGCCCCACAUGGCUCUGCCACCGCCACUGCUCGCCGCGAUGCCUUCACGGGAGCCGUGCGGGCUCCGCAGGCGGCGGGGAGGGAAGAAGAGGUGUUUGGCAAGGAGACGCCGGAAGUCGUCCUCUGGCCGGCUCUCUCCACGCCGCUUCCCUGCCGGGCCUGCCAGUGCAUCCUCUGGAUGGGUCACAGAAGGAAAAGCUCGCGGCUCCUCCGCGCCCCGCACCCCGUAGAGGCCCCUGGCGGAAGCUGUGGCUGUGCCGCCCGGCGAGCCCGAGCUGCAUCCGGGUCCUCCCAGUACUUCCCGGGUCGGUCCUUGCAUUUCCUGAGACAAUAGAAUUGCGAAAACGUUCUUGCUCCUAGAAGUCAUUGAGUAAGUAGACCGCGGUGGGGCGGGUGGGCAGAGCAGACCACCGUGGGGCGGGCGGCUGGGCGGCUACUGCUGCUCCCAGAGGCGGAGGCGUGUCCUUGGCAGCGGGGUGGCAGGGAGGGGCUGGGCGAGGGUCGCUGCAGCUGGGCCACUGUCCUUUCUGAUAACCGGGAAAAGCUUCGACCGCCGUGUCCUCCCCUCCUUCCCAGAGGCAUUCGCUCCGACCAGCCACUACCUUCUGCGCGCCUACCCUUUGCGUCUCCCUGGGAGAGGUAAUUAACACCGGGGCUUUUUUUGGUAACCUGAGCUGCUUAGACGUAAGCCUGAGGAUGGCAGGGAAAUGUCCAGAAAAGCCCCGGAAGCCGGCACCCGUCAGCCGUGCCCACCGCCUGGGGCUCUGCCAUCCCGGGUAGGGGUGGGGGGAGGAGGGAGAGACCAGCGCAAGAGGCGGCCGGGGCCCUGGGUAGAGCGAGGCGAUCAUUUAUCAAGCGACAGCACGGUGUGGCGAGCCGGGAGAUUAGAACGAUGAUGAGACAGUGACGGUGGAGCUGGGGAGGGCGCGUCCCCGGGCCGGGCCGAGGGCAGAGGAUGAGAGGAGCCGGCCGGAGGCGGCGCUUUCAAAAGGCCUCUGCCGCUUCCACCAAAGCCGAGGCAGGACAGGAGGCUGGCAGCAGCCACGGGGCUGCCCACCACGUGCCCCGGUGCCGGCCGCCUGCUGGACAUGAGAAGACCCUGCUGGCCUCGCGGGAAAGAGCUUCAAAGAAUCGGGCACAGCGGCCGGGGGCGACAGGGCGGGCGGGGGGAGGGGCGCAGGCCCACCCGUGGCAGACAGGGUGGCAGGCACAGGCACGAGGUCAGAGGGCAUUUUUCUCGCUUCCAGGCUCCGCCCUCCCUGCAGCCUGUGACGCCCCCCCUCCCCAGCUCCUGGCCAUUCCUUGGAAACAGCGGGCAGGGGGAGGGGAGGGGUGCAGCGCUGGCCAGGGGGCCCAGGUCUUUGUUGUUUCUGACAUGAGACACCCCAGCCCCCCUCCCCAAGGGUUCCAAUCCCACCUCGCCCGAGGGGGGGGUCCAGGAAAGCAGCCCCCACUCCUCCCCUGCACCCGGCACGCUCCAGCCUCAGGCUCACCUAACCCCCCACCCCAGGCCUGGGCUCAGGCCCUCCCUGAGUGGUGGGCUUCAUCCUGCCCCAGCCAGGCCAGGGCCCCUGGGAGAAUCUCAUCGCGUCCUCUCAGCCCCUGGUACGGCAAUGUCUUCCUGGGUCACCCCGGAGCCCCAGCCCCUCUAGGCUGGCCUGGGCACCCAGCGAGAUGGACGAUGCCCGGGGCACACAGGCUCUGGGGCCCACCCACGCUCCUCCAGCAGCCGCUCACCAGCCAGGACCACCCCAAGCUUGUGGCAUUUACGGCAGGUUUAAAGUUUGAAAGAAAAAAAAAAAAGCCCACGACAGACACUUCUUGGUUAAGUGGUUUUACCCUUCGUGGUAAUUAGAUGUAGUGAUUGGAAUCUCUUUUCUAUUACAUGGCAAUUUUCCUUUAAAUUUCCCCUUUAAAAAAAAAAAGAGAGAGAGAGAGAGGAGGGGAAGGCAGCGCUGGGCAUCAUUUGCAUUUUGCGAAUGCGGCCUCCUGUAAGCGCAGCUCAGGCGUGGGGCCCAACGUAUGGAAUGCUUAAGAGAUUACUAAGAAUAAAAUCUAUUAAUUAGUCAUACUCAAUUCCGCAGACAUGACGUGCAUCAGAAGCUGCUUUUCUUCCUUCCUCCUUCCCUUGCCGCCCCUGCCUCAUACAGAACCCUCCAUCUUCUCCCCGGCCCGGGCUCCGCGGCCGGGCGCCUGUGGCGGACAUGGGGCCUGGAUGCGGCUGCUUCCCGGCUCUGGGUGACGCUGGUACCGGAGGGGACAGCACCGCGGACGAUGGUGGUGGCUGGGGAAGGGGGGUACCCUCCUCUCCCUGGUUCUUGCAGGCACUCUCGGGGGUCCCAGGAGACCUGGACCCCGCCCAGGCCAACCAAGCCCAAGCUGAGGCCGGGAGGUGCUGCCAGACUGGCACAGGAGGAGCAUUUGGGGGACCCCUGGCUUUGGUGUUCCCCUUCUGUAAAGUGGGGGUGCAUAGAGCUGGGAGCUCCAGAGGCCAAGUGAAGGCCCCUCCCUUCCACUGAUUCUAGAAGGUUCUAGGCCCCUGAGACAAGCAAGGGGUCCCUGCUAGGCUGCUGGGGACCUGGCAUGGGGCACGGGCAAUGCGAGCAGGGAGAACAGGUCUCAGGCACACCCAGGGCAGCGCUGCCGCCUCCCCCUCCCCUCCCCCCACCCCGGGCGCCCCGCAGACGGCAGCCAACCCACUCUGCAGAUCUGCAUCCUGCUGAACACCCAGGGAGGAGGACGGGGCCGAGCUGUGGGCUUAUGAAAAAUACAACAAGGAAAAUCGGAUGCGGCUGACAGGCACCAUGGGGCUGGCAGCCGGGAGGAGGGGCUGGGGGCGGCCAGGGCCGUGCUCUCAGGCCCAAGGCCAGGCCAGGGCUGGCUGUGUGCGUGCAUCUGUCCAUCCUGGGGGCCCUGUCCCCUUCUCACACUGCAAUCAGCGCUGGUCCUGCACCAGGGAGGGUGCUAACGAGCGAGUCGCAGGCCUUCCAGGAGGCAGAGAGGGGAGGCAUUUUUUUUUCCUUCUUAAAGAGGGAUAAAAAGGCUCAAAGACGCAAAUCACCGCGUUUACAACCCAGUGAGUCUGCUAAAUUGAAGGGGGAGGUUAACUCCCCGGAGCUGAAGGGAGAGGCGGAUGUUUCCUGGCGCAUGCACCUGCCCCGGGCUGUGCACACAGCAGGCACCCCCAGACUGGCUGCCGGGGGCUCCGCAGCUUCAGGGAGGCCUGGGGGACACGAGGGGCUCCUGCGGCCCACGGUGGUGGACGGAAGCUGUCCCAGCUCCCAGGCAGAUGCUCUGGCCCUGCCCCCCAAGUUCCGUCCGCCUGCAAGGGUGACAGGUGACAUCUCAGCCGAGGCCUGGCUGGUCACCGAGAGGCCUCUGCAGCCUUGAGCUUCUGUCCCAGGGAGGGUCUGUGGGCAGUGAGGGGGUGUGAAGCCCCUGACACAGGGGCCCCCAGAGGCGGGAGAAGGGACACAGGCCCAGCCACAGGAGCAGGCAGUGAGCUGCCCAUCGCUGGGAGCAUUCAAGCGUGAGAUGGGGCUGUGGCAGGUGUUUUCCAGCCUGAGCGAGCUCUGGGAGAUGUGACUGGGAGAUCGCCGUCCCCUCCUGGGCUUCCUUAGACACCCCCAGGACACGGCGGGGAGGCAGACACGCUCACCGUGUCGCCCUACGGGACCAGCGUCCCCUGAAAACCCCAAGACAGGGCCGCUCCGCCAAAGGGCAGACUAUGCCACCAGAGAGGCCGCCAAGCGCCCAUGCUGGGGUCCCCGGGGAGCAAGUGCCUCCCACGUCACCCCUCCCCACAGCAGGAAGCCAGGACGGGGACCCCGCAGCUAGGCCACAGCGGCACGCACCGGCGCUGCCGGCUGAUCCAUCCAUCACGGGCAGCUGACGGCGCCUGGGGCACGGCGCACUCUGCGUUUUUCAGCAUUUACGGCUCUUUUGAAAUGUUCCAAGUAGUUGCCUGAAAUAUCCAUGCUGGCUUCUUAAAAAAAAAAAAAAAAAAAAAAAAAAAACUCAUGCAAAGAUUUCGUUUGCUUCCCCCUCCCCUGGCAUUGCUACAUGGAUGUUUUUUCUCCAGUUUGGCAAAUUCCACUGUUGCAGGGCUCAGGCCCACUUCCCCGCCGUCCGCACGACCUGCAGGGCUGCCCAGGGACCCUGCGCGCCGGGGAAGCCCUCCCUGUACCGCUCCUCCCCAGGGCACAGCUUGUCAGCCCGGGGCAGCUCCUGCCAGCACCUGCCCUGGGCUCUCAGACCAGCCUCGCUGCUGGCGCGGACGCCGCGCCCGGCCCAGGGAGGGCUCAGGGCGCCUGCGCAGGGGCCGACCGGUCCCAGGGGGCCCAGCGGCCUGGCCCCAUCCUCCUCCUCGAGGAAAGGGUCUUAGCUGCCCCCGCCCUAAUCCCCUUCGAGGCCCAUCAGGGUGACCGGUCCCCCCGGCGGGAUCCAGGGGCCACGGGGUCGGCGCCUGGCCCUGCCAGGGGUCCCAGAGUUCUGGCACAGCGGACGGCACCAGGAGUGCCCUACCCUUUCUCCAGCAGCUGCAGGUGGCCGCCUACCCGGCCCGCACCUGCCCUGAGGCCGGCGGGGCACCCACAGCAUCUCACGCACUCCGGCCCCCACCCCCCCAUCCACCGACUUCCAGCUGGGAGCCUGCCGGGAAAACGCGGCCCCCUCGGAGAGAUCCCUGCUCCGCGAGGGGGCUGAGACCGGGAGGCCGCCCGCCGCGAGUCCCCGAGCCACUGCCUACAGGAACUCAUCAGGCUGCCUCCUCAAGGCAGAGGAAAACAAGCGCCACAUGAGCCGACAAUCAAAGCCGCAGCCGCCACGGGGCCACCACCGCUCCUCUCCCCGCUGUCUCCCGGGCGCCGCGGGCCUGCGGGUUCUGGACCUGUCGCCCCAGCUGGCCCCCUUCCAGAAGGUUCUGGGUACACAGGGGGAAGUGACGCCCACAAAACCUGAAACUAGCCUUAGAUAUCUUCCCCCCCAAGCCAGCACGGCCAGGGGCCUCGGCUGAGAAGCCCAUGUGGGCGUCCAGGGAGUUCUUGGGACGAGGACAAGGGGCCCUGGAACCUUCCAAGGGUGGCUGAGAGGGAGAGAGCAGGUGAGAGCAGGUGUUGGCGGCAGGGGCCCAAGGGCUAAACCCAGGCUGGCCGCAGGCGAUGGGCUGGGUGAUCCUGCUGGCGGAGCCAGAGCCCCCCGUGGGCGUGGCAGGGCGAGCGUCUUCUCGGCCAGCGCUGGCCCCCGAGUCUCUCCGGACAGCCAAGGCCUCGCUGGAUCCCAUUUGGUUCCGGGGCAGCUCGCUCACUGUCAGCCCCUUCCCAGUGGUCAGAGGAGGAGGAGGGGUCCCUGGCCGGGUCCUGGUGAGCCCUCGGCCAGAGGCCCGGGGGCGGGGUUCCUUCUUCCCCACCUGCAGAGCCAGCCCUCGCGGCGGGGGCGGGCACUCGGCGCAUGCUCUUUUCCCUUCUUCCGGGGUGGGGGCUCUCCGGGACAGGCCCGGUCCCAUCACCGCCUCACUCCCAACCUCACGGCAGAAGGCCGAGAUACACGGACACCCACCACCACCCACGACGACGACAAACCAAAGUGCACUGCGAGCCACCUCGGCCUCCUCCUGUAGGUGCCUUGACACUUCGAUGUUGACUGAAUGUGAUAAGCUCCUUGGUCCUACGCCCUGUUUGUCUGUUUUCAUACGAGACGUCCAGGUCCGCCUGCCUUGUCCUUUCUUGAAAUAAAUAGAUUUAACUUUUA